UUGGAUUCUUUCUGUAAUAACAAUACUACAGAGCUUGGCAGGAGGCAGCGGGACUGUCCCGGGGAGACGGAGCAAUGAGGAGCGCUCCUGUGUGCUGUAUGAAGGGAGGGAGAGCCUGCACCGCCAUAUACUAACAGGACCGGCAUUGCUGCCCUCUGUGUUAUCUACAGGAGAGUCUGUACACAGCAGAUUGGAAAUGCCUCACUGCUUUGCCUAUGGCUGCACCAACCACAGUGGUAAGCUUCGUUCGGCGGUCUCCAUGCACUCUUUCCCCAAGGAACUACCCCUGGCAGAGAAAUGGGUACACCACAGCCGCACCGAUGUGGGCAAUGUGAAGGAGUUUGUGCGGGACACCUUAAUGAAGAACCCCGGGCAUUAUGUACUGUGUUCAGAGCACUUUGAAGAGGACAUGUUUGAUUUAAGCAGUGAUUCUCCUUUGAUUUCAUCUGAACCAAACCAUAAAUGGAUGAGACGAAAACUGAAGGUGAAUGCUGUGCCUACAGUUUUUGCUACUGGUGCUCCUAAGCUGCGCAAACAGGCAGCUUAUCACUUGAAAAUACAUGAAAGAAAACAGUUAUUGGACAACCUACUCGAGCAGCAGAAGCGACCCAAGUUGGAAGCCGACCAGGCAAUCAGCCAGUCCAUAACGCAGGAUACCACAGCGCAAACGGAGACCGAUGGUGUAAACGGUUGUUCAAGGAAACCUCAGCUGUGGAGAAGAAAACUACUUCCUCACAAGCCCCAAUUUCUGAAGAGAAGCUGCAGCCAAGUUCCCCGAGCACUACAAAGGAAGACGCCAGCAACCUUAAACCGAAUAGCUGUAUACUUCUCCGAUGAAGAGUGGGAAUUGCUGGAGGAAUGGCAGAAAGAGCUCUACAAGAAAAUCAUGAAAGAGAACUAUGAAGCCUUAAUAGCACUUGGUUACCCCACAGUGAAUCCAAAUAUUUUACGGAAAAUCAAGCAGGAAGAAGUUAUGCGCUACACAGCUUGUUCUACAGAUGAUUUGGAGCAACCUGAAAGUCCCAGUACAGAUAAUUCCGGGAUGGAUGCCAAUCUAUCAAGAAUAAAACAGGAUGAAGAUCAAUAUUCAUCAGCCAGCCCAGAUUCAGAAGGAGAAACUAAUGGUUAUCAUGGUUCAUAUGAUAUCCCUCUCGGCACGAACAUUGAAGAAGAAAACCUAGGGAAAUGGAACGAUCAACUGAACCUUCAAGAACCUGUUUCAAUGACCUAUAACCUCUCCCAGUGUUUCAGUGAAAACAUGAAUGCAGAAUUAUAUCCAGCAACUAUGUGGAUAGCAAGAGAUACAUCCCCCAAUGGCUUUGUAAUGCCUAGCUCUGAUGGGAGAGCAUUAAGCCCGAUCACAGCCGUGCAGCAGAUAGACAGUCCUUAUAGCUGGUUCUUCUUUAAUAAAUCAUUCUUGAACGCGAACAUGGAACCCAAACCUGGUAAACCAGGAGAGCUGAGGCCAUACAAAUGCUCAGAGUGCGAUAAAAGCUUUACUGUCAAGUCUAACCUGAUUAAACAUCACCGUAUUCACACAGGGGAACGUCCAUACAAGUGUACGAUGUGUUCCAAAAGCUUCAGCCGUAACUCGCACCUGAUCACCCACCAGCGCACUCACACAGGAGAGCGUCCUUAUAAGUGUAAUGAGUGCGACAAGAGCUUUAUCCAGAACUCUGUGCUAAUCCAACACCAAAGGAUCCAUACUGGGGAGCGUCCCUUUAAAUGUGAGCAAUGCAAUAAGCGCUUCAGUCAGAAAUCCUGCCUCAUCCGUCACCAAAGAACUCACAAGAGAUAACGUUUGCAAAGGUGCAAAGGUGCAAAGCAUGUUUGGCAUACAGGGAUGUUUACAUGUAUGAGUGUCAGUGUCAUGGGAUAUGGCAGAAGUUGUCAGAUAGGACUCAAGCAAUAACAAUGGUCUAAAAGUAUUUUUUUUUCUUCUCUAGAGGAUCUCCAAGAAUCAAGUCAGUUGUAUAGUAACCCCACAUUUUUGGCAGUGCUCUUUGCUGGCAUUUUCAGAUGAAAAAAUUCUCAUUAAUAUUUUCACAUGCCCAACUAAACUACAUCUAUAGUCCAAAUUUUGACUAGUAUUAGGACAUGCUGACUUUCAUAUGCAUGAGCACAUCGUGUACAUAAAUGCAUCUUUAAAGAGGAGCUAUCUAGAAAAAUGUUAAAGAAAAAAUAUCCACGUGUAUCUUUUACUAUACAUAACUUUUUUAUUGUCUUGAAGCCACUGACAGCUGAAGGUCCAGAGAAUAUAAGGCUAGGUUUACAUCUGUGCGGGUUGUGCUACUGCAGGACCCGCAAAAAAAAUACCAUCAGCCGCAACCACCCACACAGAGAAAUGUGGGACCCGCAGCAUCCUAAUUGCAUGCUACCCGCACUGGAAAUCGUAACUCUACUGGGAACCGAGGUGCAGACUGAGAUUUUAAAAAAUGGUGCAGUGACUUCUUUCCUGCAUGUUGCGGGGCACGGCAGCCCAUUCAAAUGAAUGGGCUCUUGUGCCUGCGCAAACCACCGCCUGUGCAGCUGCACAGGUGUGAACCUAGCCUAAGAGACGCUUUGCUGACCAUUUUAUUCUCCUAAUAUAAUCAAUCCUGCUUGCUGCUCUGCAAAGUCCAUGCCAUUCAUCUGAUUAUCAAUUUUACUACUUCCCUUCCGUAAGCCAAAGUGAAGCAUUCUCACUCUUAUUUGGCCAUGCUGUUACUAUUACAAAUGGACCUGUAUAGGCUUUGCUUAGGGUAUCAUUCCUUGAGGCUUGGUUAACACCUAUGCAUUUCUCCGCAUACGUUUCUCCGCAUCCAAUUCGCAUAGCAGGAGAAUGUGACUUGCUCUCUAUGGAGCCGGUUUACAUAUCUCCGCAGUGGGUCUGGUGCGGUGUGCAGGAAAAACGUGUGCCUUUUUUGGUGCGUUUCAGGUUCGAUUUCAGCCAAAAAAUUGUACCUGAAAUGGUGAACCAGCAUGCACCGGACCCCUGCUGUGUGACAGAUGCGGCAACGGUGUGAACCGAGCCUUAAAGAAUGGUCUGCUGAGUGUUUUAUGAGAGAGAUCUCCACCUAGAACAGUAUGGCAAGAGUUCCUGUGCUUGUUUCUGUUUAUUAUAGAACCUUAGUCACAUGGCUAAUGUGAUGGACAGAGAAAACUUUGAGGAGCCGGAAAUGUUGUCAUGAGGGUAAGAUGAUCAUGCAAACCUUGUACACCUGGGUCCCCCAAAAAUAGUCAGUGGAUUCAAAACAACUUAAAAAUUCUAAUAUGUAACAUAAGAAAAGGUAAAUAUGAUAAAAAUAUUUCCUUAUCUCUCACAUGGAGCUUUUCUUUUAAAUGUUCUUGUAGAUGGCUGGUCUUUACUGAAUGCUUUUGUGAAUUUUUAAAUGUAAGCGUUGUGAUUUUUUUUUUUUCCUGGCUCUACAUUUCUGACAGACGUGGUUGGAAUCAAUUAAAAAUUACAAAAUAGCACAUCUAAAAAGCAUUAAAGUGCACUAAAAUGCAGAUGUUUAAAAUGAAGGGUUUUAAACACUGACUUGUGAGUGGGUCCUAAAAGUUAUAAAUGAUAUCGCCAUAAAUUCGGCUAUUUUCAGCAAUCACAGCAUCAUUUCUAGUGCUGGCUGUUGUCUAGCACUCUAAUACAGAUAACAACUUCAAAAAGUUAUUUUCAUCUAAUUCAGUGUGAAGACAGAAGGUUGUCUCCUUAUUUCCAUCACAAUUCAGAGUCGUAGGGUUAUUUCACAUUUUGGGAUAGUAGACAGACAUGAGAAUUUUACCUUUAUGUUGUCCUAGUGGUCAACUGUGUUCCCACAACUGCUGAUGGGCUGCUUAGACAGGUAAGGAUAUAAGUGUCAAACUAAAAAUAAGCAAACUUUUGGGAACAAGGGUAUACAUUCCACCUGUUUUUAGGGUGGUACCUCUAACCUGUUCCCAAUGCUGCAGCAGCUCCCCGAUUUCCCGCCCCCCCCCCCCCUU